AUGGGUGUUCCAUGGCUAGAUCAACCGCUCUCGCUCGCAUGGCAUCCGCCGAACGAAUGUUCGCUGAACAAUACCGCUCAAUGCGAGUACCAGCUGGGAUACUGGAGAAACUGGAACAUCGCAGACUACCACUAUGCGCUCCCAGCUGUGGCAUUCUUUCUGGUCGCCAUCGUACUCUUCGCCAUCGCCAACAUUGCCGAAGAGUUCCUGCCAAAAGUUGCAUCGCAGUCAGGUCUCGCACGGAGAGUCAAACGCGUUGCUCGAUAUCUGUCGUAUCGUAACUUUCGCAUCAGUUUCUUGGACUGGAACUCUGCGCCGCUCGGUCUGCUGCUGUUGGGAUCAGUCGGGCUCAUCUACUUUCUAUGCAUGACCCUCGUUCCUCAGCCGUACUACUGGCCAAACACCCCAACAGUCGACCACGGCGACCAACCGCCCAUCGUCACAAGAUCAGGCUGGCUCUCAAUCGCCUGCCUGCCAUUCGUCUUUGCAACGGCCGGGAAGAGUAACCUGAUCACCGGCAUCACAGGCGUCUCCCACGAGAAGCUGCAGGUCUUCCAUCGAUGGAUCUCAUACGCUUUCUUCGUCACUGCUCUUGUGCAUACAUUCCCGUUCAUCAUCUACCAUAUCUCGAUUGGUGAUAUGGUGGACCAGUGGAAUACGCAGAUCUACUACUGGACCGGGGUCAUUGCUAUUAUUGCCCAGGCUUGGUUGACCUUCGCUUCAUUUGGCCCUCUUCGCGAAUGGUGCUACGAGUGGUUCAAAUUCUCACACUUCGCCGCCGCCCUGAUUUUCAUGAUCUUUCUCUUCUUCCACUGUGACGGCGAGUUCUCAGCAUGGCCCAGAGACUACUUCGUAGCAACCGGCGUUCUGUUCUCAGUCUCCUGGCUUCACCGGCAGAUCAGGAUAUACUUUGAGCACGGCUUCGGCCACAAGGCUGAGCUGCGUCUCGAGGCAAAUGGCUUCAUCAGAGCCAGCAUACCCACGUCAGCUACGUGGAGAGUCGGCCAACACUUCUUCGUCCGCUUCUUGACACCUGAUCUACAUGCUCUCACGACACAUCCGUUCACGGCAUGCUCGUUGCCUGAGCCAGCAGAUAUGCACGAUUCGAAAGCGAAUGAGCUGGUUUUCUACAUCAGACCCCGUGGCGGUAUGACCGCCAGACUUGCUCGUUCUCUCGAAGCCAGUGGCCAGAGGUCUUUGCGAGUGCUGCUGGAUGGUCCAUAUGGCGGAGUUGAUAUGCGCAAGCUUGAGAGCAGCCACCGGACAGUCAUCAUUGCCGGAGGCUCAGGGGCUGGUUGGACUCUGCCAAUUGUAGCUGCUCAUCUCAGGAAGCUGGGGUUUCUCACUUCGUCUGGCCAAGGCGACGUCUUUCCCAAUCUGAGACUCAUCCUAGCAACUCGGAACAUUGACACCAAGCAGUGGUUUGAGGAUGCGGUCCGCGAUCUGAUUUCCACCUUCGACCCCGAGAAACGACACAGCCUCGCUGAGGUUGACAUCUUCUACACGGGGAACGAGCCAAGCUUCGAACGACCACAGCUACGACAGCGCUCAUCCGAGAAAGUGGUAUCAGAUGAAGACUCAGUGUCCAAGGCCAUCGCAGCCAAGGAGACCAUCAGCAGCACGAGCUCUACCUCCUCUUCGAACCGGAACAUCGAGGUCCGCCAUCACACCGCUAGACCAGACCUCCUCUCAAUGCUCAACGAACAAGGCGCAUCGCUGAAUUCUGGCACACAGCUUGGUGUUUACGUCUGUGGCCCGUUGUCCAUGCAAGCGUAUGUGGCGAAUGCAGUCGCUGCUCAGCAGCUGUCGACGAUGAAAGAUGGGGCGAGGGAUAUCUAUCUCCACAUGGAGCACUUUUCGUGGGCGUAG